CGUUAAGGUGUUAAGACCCAAAUUAUCUUUAGUUGAAAAAAAAAAAGAAUUAAAAACUGAAAUGCAAUGUUUGCAAAAUAAAAUAGCUGUUGCACUGUGGUUUAAAAACGUGGUUUUCUGAAAAUAAAACGAUAUUUCGUGAAUUUUUAAACAUAUCGUAACGAAAUGUUAUACUUUCGGAGCUAAGGUAUUUUCGAGUUGUUUUACUUUAGAGGGGUCUGUAGGUUGGCUUCCCUAUAUAAGCCACGCACUAGAACAUGUGAACUAUAAAUGUAGUUCAUAUUUUUGACCUUUCGAAAAACUUUCUAUAAGUAGUUAAAGUUUAGUUUUAUUCGGAAUAUAAGUUUAGAUCAUGAGCUGACAGAGUGACUUACUACUUCCCUACAUAUUUAUUUAUAAUGAUUCUUAAGUAGUUCUUAUCUAUAGAUAUUGGAAGCCCACAAUAUGUAGUUUAUUUUCAAAUAAAUUUAAAGUAUAGAAAUUAUGUAAUAAUCAAAUGUUACAAUAUUUAUAUAAAUAAAAUGUAGUUUUAGUUAUCAAAUAGUGAGUCAGGGUAACUGCAUAAAUAAAUAGAAAUUUUCAAAAUAUUGAAUAGUUUUUACGAAAACGUUCAGGUGUUAGGUAGAGUUCUAUAACAAGCUAUUAAAUGGAACGUUGGCAAAAUAAACUAGCAGUUGUUACAGGAGCCAGUUCGGGUAUUGGUUCGGCCAUUGUUAAGGAUCUUCUCAACAAUGGUUUACAAGUUGUGGGUUUGGCACGACGUGUAGAGCGUGUUGAAGAACUUAAGGCACAAUUACCCGUCAAAUUACAGUCGAAAUUAACUGCUCUUAAAUGUGAUGUGUCCAAUUUGAAAUCGGUUAACGAUGCAUUCGAUAAAAUCAUUUCACAAUUUGGUGGUGUAGAUAUUUUAGUAAAUAAUGCUGGUUGCAUGAAAAAUGGUAAAUUAUGUGCCGGAAAUCUCAAGGAUAUCGAACAAGUUUUACAAACAAAUGUCAUGGGUGUGGUGUAUUGUACCCAAAGAGUUUUUAAAUCCAUGAAAGAACGUAAUUUUGAUGGUCAUAUAAUAUUAAUUAACAGCAUUGCCGGUCAUAGGGUUAAAAAUGUUGGAAAUGCAGCUCCCGAUAAUAAUAUUUAUGCACCCAGUAAAUUUGCUAUUACCGCUAUAACAGAGAUUUAUAGACAAGAAUUUAAGGGAUUUGGCACUAAGAUAAAAAUUACGAGUGUUAGUCCUGGCGCUGUUAAUACCGAACUUAUUCCCGAUGAUAUUAAGCAGUUAAUUGGUGAUACUUUUUUAAAACCUGAAGAUAUUUCUCAAGGAGUUGUGUUUGCCAUUUCCACACCACCACAUGUUCAAAUUCAUGAAAUGACUAUUAAGCCAGUGGGUGAAAUCUUUUAAGAGGAUCUAGUUUUUGUAAUUAAUAUUUGUAAAUAUUGGUAUUAAUUCGUUUACAUAUUUCAAAAUUUAAAAAUGUGUUUUCAAUGAUUUUGAAUUCAGGAUAAAUUGUAUAAUAAAAUUAAUGGAUUUAUUUUCAAAA